UGCAAACGUGCUCCAUCGAUAAUAAUACCCAUACUCACGCACUUCUACACUAAAUACAUGUUUAGCGCGAAAUAUUUCUGAACAUGAAAUGAAUGUAUUCCUUAACCAACGAAGAAUAUGACAACUAUAAGAGUGUAUUAUUUCGACAUUAUCUUGGGGCGUCAGGAGGUGAAGCUCAUAGCAGUCGCAACUCAAAUAAAGAUGCAAAUAUUGAUCAGGAACGUAUAGAUACACAACGGAAGUUCAUAAGCAAUUACUUCAAUAGGUUUCUGCGGAGAGGAGGAGAGAGCAAGGACCACUUUGAUUUGAAACGUUUGAAAACAGAUGAUUGGGGUAUACCACAAGACAUCAGCAAGCGAUACUUUGUUUUUGCACAAAGAGAUUUUCAAGAACCUCCGAGUCACUUACAGCAUAUACCUCCAUGGUUGAUACGACAUUUCGAGUAUGUCGUUCAGUUAUCCUUGGACUUUUUCAAUGACGUGAAGUUCAAGAAAGUAAAGGAAUUACGCAAAUCUCAAAGGGAACUUCCUAUUGCUGAGAGGAAACAGGAAAUCAUAGAUCUUCUGAAAGAUAACCAAGUACUCAUCAUCGCUGGAGAUACAGGAUGCGGUAAAAGUACUCAGGUUCCUCAGUAUCUCCUACAGAGCGGUUACACAGGUAUAGCAUGCACUCAGCCGCGUCGUAUAGCCUGUACAGCUCUUGCUCGUCGUGUAGCUUACGAGACACUCAACUCCUACGGAAGCGAAGUGGCUUAUCAAAUAAGGUUUGAGACAACGAAGUCAAAGCGUACUAAAAUGUUGUUCCUCACUGAAGGUUUGCUGCUUCGCCAAAUGGAGAACGACUCUCUUUUGCAGCAAUAUAACGUUAUCAUUCUUGAUGAAAUCCACGAGCGUCAUCUCAGUAGCGACUUACUCAUUGGACUUUUGCGCGACAUGAUCGCUAAGAGAGAUGAUAUGAAGCUGAUUCUAAUGUCUGCUACUAUAAAUCUGGAUUUGUUUAAAGGAUACUUUGAGGGAGCUCCUGUCGUACAGGUGCCUGGACGCUUGUUUCCCAUCCAGCUAAGAUAUCAUCCCAUAAAACAGUUUAUUGCGGAAAGUGAGAAGAAAAGCCACAAAAUUGACCCAGAGCCGUAUGUUCGGAUUCUUGAGCUCAUCGAUAAACAAGUGCCUUCGACUGAACGUGGUGACGCCCUCAUUUUUCUCAAUGGUGUGGCUGAGAUUACCACCGUAGCUGAAGCAUUGAAAACUUAUGCGGAAUUGACAAAAGCAUGGAUCAUUCUCAUGCUGCAUAGUACCCUUUCAGUCGAAGAGCAAGACAAAGUCUUUGAUGUGGCACCCACGGGUGUCAGGAAGUGCAUCCUCUCGACUAAUAUUGCUGAAACUUCUGUCACAAUAGAUGGUAUUCGCUUUGUAAUAGACUCUGGAAAGGUGAAUCUGAUCAAACAUGAAACUGGAAGCGGGACGCAGAAGCUGAGUGAAUUUUGGGUUUCCAAGGCUUCUGCUGAUCAAAGAAAAGGAAGAGCUGGUAGGACUGGACCUGGCAUUUGCUAUAGACUGUAUUCUGAGGAGCAAUACAGCAAAAUGGAUAAUUUCACUACUUCGGAGAUAAACCGAGUCUCUCUACAAGAAAUGGCGCUUCGCAUGAUCAGUCUAAACCUUGGAUUGGAUCCAAGGACAUUCCCCUUCAUUGAACGACCAGAAUCAGAGAAGCUGAACGAUGCUUUGGAUUUACUAAAGUUUCAGGGUGUAUUAUAUCCUGACCGAGACAAUCAACUUACUGCUUUGGGCAAUGCGAUCGCCAAACUUCCGGUUGAUGUUCCUAUAGCGAAGAUGCUUGUUUACGGAUGCGUGGUCAACCAUGUGGAAGUGAUGUUAACGGUCGCUGCCGGUCUAUCCGUGCAGAGCCCUUUCACUAACCGAUCUUACAGAGAACUUGAUGUAGUUGAGCGAAGGGCUCGUCUAACAAGCUCAAUGGGAGAUCCAUUCACUCUAAUUGAAGUGUUCAGGGAGUGGGUGUUGCAAAAGUCUUCGGGAGGCAAAGUACGACGAUGGGCUUUGGAAAACGGUAUUGAUGAACAUAGAAUGUACGAAAUCAGCAAGUUACGCGCUCAAUAUAGACAAAUUCUUGAAGAUGCUGGACUGAUCGACAGACCUGAUGCUCAUGAACUCGGACAGGAUGAUUCUCGACAGCGUCGAAUCGAUCAGGGUGACAAAAAGAAGUUACUAGACAUGAAGCGCGAAGCUAGAAAUAUGGAAAAGACGCGUAAGGUCCUACGAGCUGAUAAACAUUUUGACUCUAUCUUGAACGAGAAAGAAGAAGAAGAUCUAGAAAACGAGCAAGAUCCCAUGAAAGCUGAUGUGAAGACGGUUGAGUUUCUUUUGAGUUAUAAACAAGGAGAUGUGGAGUUAAUUCGUCGCACUCACAAUUUUCGAAGGAAAGAUGCAGAGCUCAUCCGAGUUGUAAUCGCCGCUGGUCUAUAUCCACAGUACACCGUUCCCGAUCCAAUGAACAAGUAUCAGCAUGGACAAGAGCUCUUUGUUCAUACACGAAUGAAACCGUUUAGUCUGAUACAUCCAAACUCCUCCAUUGCACAAUACCAUGCAGAGUCGCUGGACGCACGUGCUGACAGUGAGGGACGUUCAGUGAAGCAUCAGAUCCCUUUCUAUGGGUUGCUGCUCGAGACUACAAAGCCAUACAUAUGUAAUGUGUUGCCUAUGCCUGCUUUAUCGCUUUCACUUUUUGCGAAGAAGGUGCUCUGCGAUGACUGGAAGCAGCUGCUUAUUGAUGAUUUUGUUGAGUUCACAUUUACGCGGAAUCAGCAGUGCGAAGAAGUGAUGAAAUCAGUGGUAGAUAUUAGGAAACGUCUCAAUGAAGGACUCCAAAGAAGGUUGCGGGGCCUUCACUAUGAUCCAAGGGAGCUGUCCGAAUCUAUAAAUCGCUUUGCAUAUGCUCUCGCAGAAGGAGAUGUGGAAAUCUCAAUGAAACGUAUGGUUCAUCCACCGCGCAACCUAGAAAAUGUUGGCUUUUUUCUGCCAGACGGACAAGUGGAAGUUGAUGCUGAUCAGUUUGAGUUUGAAACCAUGGUUGAGCUUGACAACCAUGACUCAGAGCAAGAAGAACAACUGAAACAGGAGGCGACCAUCCCCAAUGAUAAAGGUCCACGGGUGAAGGAGGAAACUCCUGAACGGACAGAAAGAAAACCGACUUACUAUGAGCUUUUACAAAUGAGGAUGAAAGAAAGAGAAGCACAAUCCAAGUCUGAAGAUCAAUCUAUCGAGAAGAAACCGCGAUUAGAAAAAUAAAAUCUUUAUUGC